GUCGGAGAUGCCGCUGCCCCUCCCUGCCUUAGGCACUGACAUCCCCUCCUGCCGAUCUCCGAUAUUGAUUCAUCGUCAACGGUCGAGGCGCAUAAUCGCUGUCAACCAUCAUCCCUGAACUGUUUGUCCUCGCAUUUGAAUAUCUGAGGAGACUAUCUGCACCAUGCCUAACUCAGUCCAAAAUCUACCCCGCGUGCGGGCAUGUCUCUUCGACAUGGAUGGCCUGCUCAUCGACUCGGAGGACAAGUACACGGAUAUCACCAAUGCCAUUCUUCAGGAGUAUGGAAAGCCUCUGCUCCCGUGGUCUAUUAAAGCUCAAUUGCAGGGUCGUCCUCAACCAGACGCCAGUCGCAUCUUCCACCAUUGGGCCCAACUCCCCAUCUCUCCUGAAGAAUACGCCGCAAAGCAAUCCGCCCUUCAGGAGAAAUUCUUCCCUCAAUCCCAGCCCCUCCCGGGCGUCAGGGACCUCCUCGCCAAGCUUGUUUCCACCCAAGCUACCGAUCAGCCCGUGCAUCUAGCCCUUGCCACAUCUUCCCACAGCCGGAACUUCAAGCUGAAGGCCAGCCAUCUGGGCGACUUGUUCUCCGCAUUCCCGAAAUCUCAACAAGUGCUGGGCGACGAUCCCCGCAUCGGCAAGGGGCGGGGAAAGCCGCUUCCCGAUAUCUAUCUGCUCGCGCUAGAGACCAUCAACACGAAUCUGCGCGAGAAGGGAGAGACUGAGAUCAAGCCCGAGGAGUGUCUGGUCUUUGAGGAUGCGGUGCCGGGUGUUGAGGCCGGUCGGAGAGCCGGUAUGCGUGUCGUCUGGGUCCCGCACCCUGGUUUGUUGGAGUCGUAUAAGGGACGUGAGGAUGAGGUGUUGGCUGGGCUUACGGGAGAACAUAAGGAAGCAGAGAAGACUGAGCCGGAGCGUGAAGCGGACGAGAUCGUCGCCGGUCGGUUGAAGAGUGCCGGUAAGCCCGGUGAGAUUGGUGAUGGGUUGGGAGAGUUGUUGCCUUCUUUGGAGAAUUUCCCGUAUGAGCGUUAUGGAAUUAAACCUGCGUGAAUUCAUUUCUGCCUAUUGGGCUAUAGACAUGAAGUUUCUGGCAAUCUGAUAAUUUACAGCCACGUCAGGUGAAGAUGUGAUACCCGUGAGAAAAGAAGAAGAACUAUGUACCCCGGAGGGAUAACGCAGAAGCAAAUAGACUACGAUUACUGAGAAGCAGAAAAUCAAAUAAAGUGAGAUAUGUGAGAAAACAGCAAUAACAGAAGAUCAAAUCCCAGAAGCAGCAAAUAAAAUCAAAUGCGCGAUAAAAAAAACAUCUCAGAAAAAAAGAAACGGAAAAAGAAAC